AGGCGCAUAACCCAAUUCUGCCACGGUGAUGUUCGAGCAACAGUCUUUGUGUUCCAAGAAGGUUAAAGGAACUUCGGUGUUCUUAUUACCGCGGGCCGUCGGUGCGUACAGUCGCGGUGCCUUGCCAAGACCAUCCGACGCCGCUGGACGGAUUAUAUGUGCUUGUAACCAUUAAAAAGAGAGAUCACAAUGGAUUAUUUGUUCCAGCCUCCUCGGUGUGCCUGCCCUCUUGGAUUAUGGUUGGCCGGUGGGAUUGCUGGCGAUCCUCGGCGGCCAUCUUUGCAUCUCGAAAUGCAAACGGAUGCCGAAAUUGGAUUUACUCAUUUCGGGAGAUAUUUUGCGUUCCUUAUUUUUCGCUCGGUCAGCGGCUUCGCAUCGGCGCCCAAAAGUGGAUUAUCGUAGCGAGAGCGGCGAACCCACGAUCGGAAUUAUCGACGAGGCCGCAUCGUGGGGGUGGCUUGCGUUUAGUUUGGAUUACUCGCCGGCACUUCCUCACCUCCCUGGGAUUUAUCGAGUUAUGCCACGGUUAGCUGUGGCCUCGACCAUCACCAGGGAGUAUUUUCCACUUUUCUGUUGUGUUGCAUUCUUCUGCCUAAGCGACUCACUGCAUGAGGGUGUGGCGUGCCUUUCUUUUCUAUACCGGCUAUAUUUCAUUCUAUUCUGUUUACCACAUCGGUCAAUUUGUUGCCCUGGGUUUGCGUUGUGCAAAUUAUGACCAGUUUUGUUCAGUUUCACUCGAGAGGACGCGAACGACGGCAGCUAGCCGAGGCUAAGGCCUGUGACGUGGCACGACUAUUUGCGUGAUCCCACGGGAGUUUCAUUAAUCCAUAACCAUUUAUAGCCGCGUUUUCGCGACCCGUGUGUUAGGAAAAAGAAUUUCUCGGCGUUUUCGCUUUCGCAAAGAAUGCCUGGGAAAACAAGCAGCGGCCAGCGCUCCGUGCGCAUUCCAAACGGGCGAAGCAAAAAAAAAAAAAAAAAACACACACUCACACACAAAAAAAGAAAAAGUACCGCGGUCUGGGCGGGGGGGAGGCAGGCGGCCAUUUUGACCUCCCUCCCUGCUUCUCCCUCCUCAGUCUCCGCGAGGGGCGGACCUCGUCGCGCUCUCGCCGCUUCUCGCGCGAGCCCACGAGAGCGGUGACGUCACUCUUCGCGGCGGAGAAUGCCUGCGUGUAGUGUGGGCCGCGAAGAAAACACACGGUGUAUGAUAUAUGUUUGAUGGGGCCGUGUGUACGAGUCCAGCGCAAUGAUGUCCUGAUGUGGCCAGCAAUGCAAGAUGGUUAGAGAGACUAGACACCUUUGGGUCGGAAAUUUACCGGAUAAUAUUCGAGAAGAAAGGAUACGGGAGCACUUCAAACGGUAUGGUAAGGUGCAGAGCGUGAAGAUCCGUCGCGAUGCGGACGGUGUUUGCGCUACGGUGUCGUUUAUCGACCUCCGGUCGGCGGCCAAGGCACACGUGGCCGAGAACAAGCUGGACGAUCGGCUACUCAAGACCGAGUACUACGAGCCGGCCGCGGCCACCCUCUUCUCGCACGACGACGGCGCGGCCGGCGCGUCAUCGUCGUCGGCCUCUGCCGCGGCCGCAUCGAGGGUCGCGCCGUCGGCUCUGGUCGCGCCCGGCGGCGGCACCGUCGGAGGCGGCGCCUCGGCGCUCGUCGGACCCGGCUGCCCACCGUCGGCGGCCGUCGCGCCUCCGGGCGCACCCUACGCCCCGCAGGGUCCCGCGAGGAACCCGAGGUUUGGUGAUGAGCGGGGCUACUACUAUGAUCGUACGGGGGACCGAGACCCGUACGUGCGGCGAACAACGGGCUACCACGACGAGGACAGCUACCAAAGCAGGGGCCGCUCGAGAGAUCGAUAUGCACGCUCAGCGGCCUCCAAUGCCUCUGCCUAUCAGGACGGGACGGACAGAUGCCAGGCCUCCUCCAUCUUGCCUGGACAGUACGGGAGUGGAAGCCACUUCCGGAGUCAUGGCGUAUCACCGCGGCAGCCAGCACCUCUGCCGCAGUCAAGUCACUUCGACCCCCCAGGUGGCUACGGCUUGAGUCCAGCGGGCGAACCCUACCCUGACGACAAGGACAGUGGUUCGCCGUCGGCGGCGCGUGGCGGGCUGGCCUCUCGGCGAGGCUCGGCAGUCAGUUCGACAGUCACCUCGCCUCCGCAGCAGCCGCAGCUGCAGUCACAGGCGCAGCAGCGGUGUCACAACAAGCACGGUUCGAGGUCCCAGUCACGGUCACGCUCUAGCUCUCGGAGUUCAAGCGGCAGUCGCCUAGGAUCGUCAUCUUCUAAGAUUCGCUCCAGCUCUAGCGACAGUAGCUGUCGCUCUCUCUCACCUAACAAGUCACCCACACACCAUUCAAGCAGCAGCACCAAGGCGUCACGCGGCGAGCGGCCAGCGAGCGCAGUGACAGCACCAUCAUCGAGUUCAUUCUUGCAGUCAACCAUCUCCACACCAAACAGUACUAGCAUCAACGCCAACAAUGGGAGCAGUAGCAGUGGCAACUGCUUGCAAAACAACAACUCCCUGGAUGGGAGCACAAUGGGCGACAGGGAGGACAAGCGGCCACUCGGCAUCUGUGUUCGGAACCUACCGGUCAGAUCCACUGACACAAGCUUAAAAGACGGCCUCUUCCAUGAAUACAAGAAACAUGGCAAGGUUACUGUCGUCAAGGUCAUUGGGCAAGGUACCGAGCGGUACGCUGUGGUCUGCUUCAAGAAGCCCGAGGACGUGGAGAAGGCACUGGAAGUGUCCAAGGACAAACUAUUCUUCGGCUGCAAGAUCGAGGUGACAUCGCACGAGGGCCUGGACGGUGAGGACAACGAAUUCAGGCCACUCGAAGCAGAGCUGGACGAAUACCAUCCGAAGGCGACGCGGACUCUCUUCAUUGGCAACCUUGAGAAGGACAUCACUACCACAGAACUGAGGAAACACUUCGACCAGUUUGGUGAUAUCAUUGAAAUCGACAUCAAGAAGCAGGGCUCGGCGUCGUCGUACGCCUUCAUCCAGUACGCGGACAUAGCGAGCGUGGUGAAGGCCAUGCGCAAGCUAGACGGCGAGAACUUGGGCGCCAACCGCAUCAAGCUGGGCUUUGGCAAGAGCAUGCCCACCAUGUGCGUCUGGCUAGACGGGGUCACCGACCUGGUCUCGGACAAGUUCCUCAGCCGCACCUUUGGCCGCUACGGGCCCGUCUCCUUUGCGGCCAUUGACCGAGAGCGCGGCCACGCCCUCGUCUACUUCGACAGCCUGGAGUGCGCGCAGCAUGCCGUGGCAGAGAUGCGUGGCAGGGUCCUGGGCGGCAAGAAGCUGCAGGUUGAUUUUGCUAGUCGUGAGUGUCAGACAGCUUUCUUCGACAAGAUUGAAAUGUCUGGCCAAGUGCUCCAGGGUGAACGACCCUGGGAGAGGAGGGAUCGCCGGCAGGAGUUUGACGUGAUACGUGACGAGAGGUUUCCAAGAGACAGCCGGGGGGUAGCCUUUGAUGGCCGUGGCUACAGCCGGUACGAGGCCCAGCAGCGCUCGGCUGGGCGGGGUCCCUUUCGUGGCCUGCAGCGAGGAGGCACCUACAACAGCCGAGGCCGAGGCCAACCAUUCCAAGGUCGUUAUGACAGUGGCGUCUACCACGACGAGUUUGGUGAACGAAGGCACCGGUUUCCAGACAAGGAAGACGGCUUAGAGGAUAUCACUCCAUACGAUGAACGGGCGGAGCGCCUCAAGCACAUAGAUGGAGUCUUGGGCGCUGCAGAUUGGGCGCCCCGCAAGACGAGCAGCAGCAUCAAAAAACACCGCAACUCAACAAGCGAUCAGGAGAGCCACCACAGCCAGUCGCCACCGCAGUCCCGGCAUCACAGCCGGUCCCCGCCACCGUCAGUCAAGGGCUCUAAGAAGGGAUCGUCCAAGGAGCGGCCUUCCCAGCGGCACCGGCUUAGCCCUGGCCGGUCGUCCUCCCGGAGCCCAGUGGUUAGGGACGUGGCUUUGGAUUCGGAUGAUAUGCUUGUGGAUGUGCGUGACAUAAGGCGACGUUCUUUAGACAGCACUCUAAAGUCAGACUCCAAGGAAUUGCCACUGGCUUCCGUGUGCAGCAAGCUGGAGGCAUUUCAGGACUCUGGUGCCGAACGGAUACGCAGCAGCAGCAGCAGUAGCAGCCGUAUGAGGAGGGAUGAGGACGUCAACUCAACAAGUGAUUCCCCAUCACAGUUGGAGCGCAAGAGACGCUUACUGGGGCUCAAGGAGAGCUCAAGUGGUUCGCGCCCAGAGGACAGCCGCAGUGACACGGACUGUGCCGAAGGUGAUGAAGAGCUGUCUGUACGAUCUGACAGCAAAUACCUUUCGAAGCAGGUGCAAGACAUUUUAAGCUCUAGUGAUGGCGAGUGUUCCCCCUGUGCCGACGGAGCAACCAGGAAGAAGGGGAAGGGUUUGCCAACCGACACAUGUGCAGCGGCCAGUCGUUCGCGACCGGCCAAAGACAUUCCCAGUGUUGUGUCCAAGAGGUUACCCACGAACUGUAGGACUGCGGGUAGCUUUGAGGCAAAAUUUUCUGUGGAAGUGCCGAGUGUCAGGGUGGGUGAAUUGUUGCAGAGCUCGAGGAAGCAGAUGGAUCCACGGCGGCAGCUUGACCACAACAAGGUGUCCUCCACUGUGAGCAGUUACCUUCGCGCAAAAAAGGUGCAUUCAGACAAGCUGGACCUGUGUGUGGGGGGUGACCGGUCAAAGCUGUGCGACCCGAGCCUGGUCUCAUCCACGGACAGUGAGAUGGGCUCACAGGAUGCGUCCCUGCUGGCGCACUUGGCUAACAAACAUGGUGAGGAAGGCAUUGACGAGGUGUCCUCAUCGAGUGAUAACCCACAGCCGCCAGUACGGACGCGGCCUUAUCGUGAGUCCAGCCCACUGUCCCUGCCCCUGCCCAAGUUUGCAGCGGCUUUGCGCUCACCCAAGACGUCUCCUUGUGUGGCCGCAUCCCCGAUGGCCAACUCGCAGAGCCCACGUGGCAACUGUUCACCCCUGAGUGCCUUGAACACCAAGAACGGACCCGUGUUCCCAGAAGCCCUGACGCGGCCUGAGAAGCCAGUGGAGGAAAAGCCAGUGGAAGUUAUCCCGCCUGAGUCAGUGCCCGAGGCUCUCUCCCCAAGUCCAUCCCCCAAAGGGUUGAAAGGCCCUUCUGAUUCCAAGCUGCCCGAGAGUUCCUCAGACUCUGAGAGCUCGCUGCCUUCCCCAAAUCGUCCGUCCUUUGAUGAACAGAUAAGGGCACUCGAUGAGAGGUACAAUGCCCUCACGGGACCCACUCGAACAUUCACCGGCCCUUCGAUGGCAGGUUGCACAGUAGAAGCACCGGCACCAGUGACCAUCGACUACAACAAGUACAACAUCAAAAAGCGACCAAGGUUUCCGGCUCUUUCUCAGGAGUUUCGCACUGAGCCAUCGGAGAUAAUGAAGACCCUGCUGGCCAAGACCACGAUCCUGGACCAGGACUCCAAGCGGCUGGAGCACAUCAACGAGAAGUAUGAGCCAAAGGAUGUCAAGCUCGAUCUUUGCUCGAGCAGUGCCAAGCCAUUGUUUCGUACCAAGGCAGCCGCCAAGGAGUUCUCAACUCCAUUGUCACUCCCUUCCCUGGGCUUUUCUUCGUGCGCUCCUGCCACUUCUACUGCUCUGCCCCAGGGUGCCUCUAGUCCAAGCUUCACACAUGCAAGCACCGCUGCUCCUGGAGCGUCCCCUAGCCAAACAGUUCCUAAUUGUCCUUCUCAGUGCACCACAAGCCAGACCCUUGCAGCUCCAGCCCCUCUGGCAGCACCAGAGCCUCAUCCGAAACAUGUGCCGCUGAUGGUUGCAACGUCUUAUAAUGAGGUUCCUCCCGCAAGGACUGUUCCACCCUCCAUACUGCGGCGAGACUCUUCUCCACCCUGUGUAGUGAAACAGGAGCCAUUCCAGAGCCCACCUCGAAAUACCACACCUUUGUCGCCACCUGCUGCAGUUGUGGUGAAGAAAGAGGUGAUGUCGCCCAGGGCUUCUUCGUUACUUCGGCGAGACUCCUCUCCUCCGGUUGUGGUCAAGCAGGAACCCUUCCAGAGUCCGCCACGAACUCCCGCUCCACCUUUGCCUCUGGCUGUGAAGAAAGAGCCCGGGUUGGAGACCCUUCCAACGAGGAAAGAUAGCAGGAGUCGAGAGACGUGCGCGGUCAAGCUGGAGCCCGCAGCUGUAAAGGAAGUGAGCGUGAAGAAAGAGGCCCACAAGGACAGCAGCACAAAGAAGGAGCCCAGGAAAGAGCAUCAGUCGUCUUCCUCCAAGAACAUGAUAAGGGAGCAUCACGCCACUUCUGAUGCCUCUUGUAACUCAGUGUCACAUAAAGAAAGAAGGGAUUCGCACUCUCACGACUCUUCGGACCUACCUGCACCCCUUCCACUGGCAGCAGUUAAACAGAGAGUGUCAUCUGUUGACAGCAACGAAUCUGACUCGGCAAAAUCAUCCCGAUCGAGUGAUGCCUACCUUGAAGUUCCCCCAGAAGCCACCUGGAACCGAAGUGAAGAUGAAAGACGGUCCAUGGAACCAGAAGCGAAGAGGCCAAAACUGUCACAUUCCUCACGGGAGAGAGACAGCUUUGACAAAAGCCACUCGUCCAGCAAGUCAAGCUCAUCACAUUCAAAGAAAUCUGAGAAGCGGCUCGAGAAGUCGUCAUCCUCAUCGUCGUCAUCUUUCAAGUCGGAGAGGACAGAAAAAUCACAUUCGUCCCACUCAUCGAAAAAUGAGUCUGGUGACAAGCAGGAUACGAAGUCGUCAUCCGAGUCCAAACGCGAUAGCUCUAAAAGCAAAGAAGACAAGAAGUCAUCUAAGUCAAGGGACAGUAGGGAAAAGUCACGGGACCGACCUAAGGAAAAGGAAUCGAGUAAAGAGAAAGGCCAAGAUUCGAAGCACGGAUCUUCUUCUGGGUCGCACACCAGAACCAGCAGUAGCAGCUCUAAGCAACGAAAAGAGCACGGGUCUGACCGUUCCGAAAAGGAUAAGUCUAGGUCCGAGAAGCGUACUUCAUCAACAAGCGAACAAUCAAGGGACUCAAAAUCUAAGUCCAAGAGCAAAAGCGAAAGCCACUCUGCAUCAGCCCCUCAGGCGUCCGACUUCUGCUUCCUGGAUGAUGAGCCUGUAUAUUUUUCCAUGUAUGACAAGGUGAAGGCACGUUCGAGCCAAAACCAAACCCUGAAAGAUCAAGCAAACAUGGAAACCAUGCGGCAAAAGUUCAGCCGGCUCAAGCAGAGUCGUGCCAAGAAGGGGAAGUCUGCGGACAUGGACUCUGAUCGGGAUUCGGAUCUUUCUAGUCACCACUCUUCCGACUCCGAGACCAAGUCUAGGGUUCCAUCUCACAAGUCCAAACAGCUCACCAAGAAGCGCAAGCUGGUCAUCGAGAGCUCGUCUGACGAAAACGAACAGUCGUUUGCGAUGCGGCUCUUACACAACAAGGACGAUGACAGCAGCGACUUCUGCUCUGACUCUGAGGUGGAAUCGUACAAGGAAGCCUUCAACAAGUGCAAGGAGAGAAAGGUGGACAUUUCUGAUGUUGAAACCUCAGACUCUGACGAACCAUCUCACAUAAUGGCGGCAUCUCGAAAACAAAAGCGAAAGCAACGUCAUUCCUCUGAGAAGUCCACAAAGUCUCGGCAUGGAAAAUCUGAUAUAGAGAGCUCGGAUGCAGACAUCAGCAGAUCGUUGAAGAGAAAGGAGCUGAAGAAAAAAGCACUGCGCAAGCCUAGCAUUCUCAAAUCUGAUGCAGAAGGCUCAGACGACGAGUGCCAUCCAAAGACAGAUGAAGGCAAGUCGGUCAAGCAGAGACCAUCAAGACAAGAAGAUGUCAGAGACAAGUCAGACAUAUCCCACACCAAGGAAACUGUCAGUCAUAGCAGCAGAAGCAGUAGCAAAAGCAAGCGGCCAAGCAAGGACACUGAUGAGUCCAAACAUGAAGAAGAUUCAGAACUGUCUAGGCAAAGGCACUCCAGUAAAAAGCGCAAAAAAUCUAAAAAGUCGUCUAAGUUAAAAGAAAAGAAAUCAACAGAAAAAUCCAGUUCAUCAUCACUGGCUGGAGCUCCAUCACAGAAGCGGUCUGACACACACUGGGAUGUUGGAGAAAUUUUAGACGAGUCUUCGGUGUCUUCAAAAUACAUUGGCUCGCCAAAACGGACACUGAAUUCACCACCUGUUCUGCAGCCAAGUAUUUUCUCUGAUGUGGAAAUGAAGUCCGAGCUGUCAGAUUACGACUUUGAGUCAUCAUCGAAGCCGACAGAAAAGCUCAAGGACAGGCAUCCCGAGGCAUCAUGGGACAGCAAACACAAUGUGCCAAUAGAGUUCUCCCCUGUGAAGGAGAUCAAGCAGGAAAGAGAAGAGGCAGAAAGUGUUAAGAGAGAGAGUGACUCUGAACUUGACAAGAUUGUCGACGCUCUGACCGAAGCUGUUGAGUCACGAGGUCCUGCAGUGCAAGAGCUUCCUGCCACAGACAAAAAAGAAGGGUACGAAAUGGAUAGAUUGCCCUAUGAUGAUGUCACGUGUGACGUACCAUCUACAAGGCAUCUUAGCGAAGAUGAUGACAACAAGGAAUCAUCUUCGAGGCAGGAUGACGGGAAAAGCAAAGAACACAGGAAGAAAAAGAAGCAGUCAAAGGAGAAGAAGCGAAAGCACAAAGAGGAGAUCGUCGUACAGGGUUCCCCCGUGCGAGAGCCUAUCGAGGAGCCUGCUCCAGCAUUUCCAGCUGCACUGGACGAAGACAGCAAGCUCACUGAAGACAUUCGCUUGGAUGAGGACAUAGCAGAGGAGGCAAGGCGUCUUGAAGAGGAGCUGCUGGCACAGUCUGAGGAGACCAGCACGUUUGGCGACGGAGACAGUGUGCUGAGGAGGGAAGAGAAGCCACUGCAGGCAGAAAGGCACUUUGAAGAAGAAGCCGCUAAGGAAACAAAGCGACUUGAGGAGGAGCUGUUUUCGUCGGGCAGGGACUCGUGGCACAUGAAAGACGAGAAGGUUUACGAUGACGUUGCACCCCAGAAGGAGCCCAAGACCGAUGUUCUGGAUGUGUCCUCAGCAAAAGAUAGCAGCUAUUCAAGCCUGGUAGCAACGGAGGAGUUGCCAAGCCGCCAUUCAGAGUCACCACACUACCUCAGCCACGAUGUGCCAGAGCAGUUCAAGAUUGACGACAAAGAGCAGAACACGUAUGAGCUUGACAGCCCAAGAAAGAUGGAGGACGACCUGGCAGUCUAUGCCCUGCUGCAAGAAAUGGGGAACGAUGGCAUCUCUGCCCCGGAACUUCCAAAGGAGCCUGACUACCUUGACCCUAUGGUGCAGCAUCAUCAGCAACAGCACGAGGAGUCUAUGAGCUUUUUGCUGCCUGAUGAGAGCUCGAGCUCCCUCCAAAUAGAUACAUCUAUGCCAGAUCUCACACAAGAGGAAAGCAGGGAAUCUGGUGGUGCCCUUGAGUUCACAGAUGCUCUGCAGUCGUUGCAACAGCCACAGCAGCAGCCGCAGCAGCAGCCACAGCAGCAGCCACAACCACAACAGCAGCAGCAGCAACUACAACACCAGCAAGAGCAGCCACAAAGUGAACAACCUGAGGAGCUCUUGGAAAAGACUGCAGAAAGCCCCAUCGAGGAAUCCUCCACAUGUGAAAAUGCUGAGGAAGUACCAACGAAGGAUGUAACAUCAGAGCCGCCUUUGCUCAUGGAUGCUAAAGAACCUGAACCAAGCAUGGUGCCACCCAAAGAGCUUCCCGAUCUCACAAGAGCUGCACUGCAACCAGAAGGGCACACUACAUCAACAGAAGAGUCUGACAUGGCUGGAACCACAGCAGCUAAGCCCGAAAAGCAGAGGCUCAAGCGGAAGCGGCGGCGAAGUUCAAGAGCCGAGAGUGCCAGUCAGCGACUUCUGUCCGAUACAGACGAAGAACACCAGUUUGUUGGCGACAAGAGGUACGAACAGCCGGAAGAAUCCCUUCCAGCCGACCCAUACCAACCUGUCAAGGAAGAACCAAGGCCAUCGCUCACAGAAAGCACCCUUCCUUCUGCAGAGGAGUCUGUAGAGGAGAAGCCUGCAGACGUCACAAAAGCUCCAGCUGGAACUUCGGAUGACGAGCCAAGCAUGUCACCACAGCAUAAGGCUCUCCAAGUUACGAAGCAGGAAGAAUUGAGCGAUGCUGUGACUGCACUUGCUUCUGACGUUGUGGCUGAAUCCAAAGAAGAGUCUGAAGACAUGGAAACGGUGGAAGAGAACAACGAGGAUACAGCAGACUCAAGACAAAGCAGUAUACACCAGACUGAUGUCCCCAUUGAGAAUGACAGCAGUAAGGAUCAAGAGAUGUUUGACGACAUGUCUCAUCGUGCACCAAUUCUUGAUAUCAUCGAGACCCUUAGUUCUCCUGUUGGAACUGGCGAAGCACAGGAGGGUGAGCAAGACGAAGUAGUACACCAGGAAGCUGACUCUUCUGGCGAACAGCUGGACAACACUCUUUCAGCAGAAGAAACUCCAGCACAUUCCACCGAGCCCGCUGUAGCAGGAACAGAGGGUGUCAAGCGCAAAACGGGGAGCCGCAAGGGACGCAAGACAAAAUCGAGGAGGGCCUCUGUACCUCGCCUGGAAGUCGCUGAUGUCCCAAAAGUUCCUGCAAGGAGAGGCCGUGCCACAUCGGCUGACAAAGUGCGGCGCUGCCUAAGGUCAGAUAACAUUGACAACACGCUGUCAGAGACAGAAGAUGCACCUACAUUCCCAUCAAGCGAAGUCAAGAAUGAAGUUGCCAGUUUGGAGGCUGAGCCACUGCAGAUUGGAGGUGAAGCACAACACCAUGACGAAGAACGACUGAGGCUCUCGUUUGACAGCAGUACAUCCAAAGAGAGCACUGAGUCGUCUGCUGCUCCGGCUGCAAGCCUUGCUGGUGGUCAUGGUGCAGACAACACCCUACCUGAAGAGAAGCUUGGUGACUUCUGCAUGGACCCAUACAAGGAGGAACCGAAAAAGAGGAGAGGACGAAAGAAGAAGAGCUCUGGAGAGCAUCAUUCAGGUCGCAUAUCACCUGUUCUUGACAAGACGUCUGAUCUGAGAAGUGAAGAGCACGAUUUCAAGGAUACAGAUAAGCAGAAAGAACAACGACCACUCUUCAUUUGCACACGACAAGGUGCAGCAGUGCAUGAACACAAGUUGACAAAAGGCAGUACAGCUAGUGCCUAUGAUGUGUACGAGUUCAAGGAUUCUGAAGAUGAAGAGGAGACCCAGUUCGGGGGUACUGAUUGGCAAGUGGCACCCGAGAAGCACCUCGAGAGGCACAUAGAGGCCACCCCAAAGACUGCCGACCACACCAUCCAUGAUGAAAGCAAGACGCACGAGUUGAGACCCGCCGAGUGUCCAGCCUUUGAAAGCAAGCUCCAAGAGUCUAAUGCUCACGAUGCCAGGCUACACGAGACCAAGACUCAUGAGCUGAGAUCUCAUGAUGCCAGUAGAAUGCACGACGUCAAGAGCCAUGAUGGCAAGGUUCAUGACAGCAAGACCAGCGAGACUGUCAAGACUUAUGACACCAAGGCCCAUGAUGCCAAAGCAAGCGACGCCAAGACCAAUGAGGUCAAGGUAUACGAGGUCAAGGCACACGAGGUCAAAGCUCACGAGUCGCAGCAUGAGAAGCGGCACGACGAGAGCAAGCACAAGGCCUUCCAUCAUGAAGACAAGGAGGCUAGCACCAAGGAGUACGUCACCGAGCUGAGUCAGCAUGGCAAGAUCUCUAUCACUAUCCGUCUACACCAGAAGGACGGCCAUGAUGGCAGCUCAUCCAGCACAGCUGAAGUGGUUAAGACAUCAGAAGCAGUCGCUGGGGACGACACUCGGCAGGAGAAGGUGCCACCCGCCAAGCAAGAACCGUCCGAUGCACAUCAGAUCAAGACCAGGAAGUCAGCUCGGCUCAUGUCGCAGGCCAACAAGACCACCAUUGACGAGACUAUUGAAGAUGUAGUCAAAGGACACUUCAAGGCACCUGAAGAAGAAGGUGACUUGCACUCGGAAGGACCGAUGACCCGAGCUGCUCGAAGGACCAGGUCAAGUAGGCGGAACGAGGAGGUGUCAUCAAAGGCCGAGCCAGAGGGCACCGCUGAAGUGACAAAGGCCAAGAACGAAACCCCGGUGCUUGUCAUUGCAGACAACAAAGUCAAGGAUAAUGUUGAGGAGAGCAAACCAGUUGCUCCUGUAUCUGCUAUUGUUCUUCCACCACCACCACCACCACCACCACCACCAGCAGUAGAAACGUUGAGUUCAGUGGCUGAUACAGAGCACACUAGCAAACCAGAAUCCAAGAUGUCUCUGCGGUCCUUCAGGUUCACACGAUCUGCAGCCAAGGCAGAAAUGUCAAAAGACACUGGAGUGAAAGAAGAACCUACCCACGAAGUUGAAUCCUCCAAAGAAGACCUCUCCUCGCAGCAACAGUCUCGGCCAGAAGCAACUCACGCAGAAGCUAUGCAGGCAACUAUUACUGUGCCACCAAUGAAGCCUGAACAAGUGGCUGUCAAGGAUGAGCAGAAGACAAAAGCCUCUGCAGGACCUUGUGAAACUGAAGACAAUGACUCACGAUUGAGCCCAACAGAGCUCAUUGACCCUGUCACUGGCUUCCUCACACCCGUAAAUAAGAAUGGAGAACCCUCAGUGGCAGCGGCAGCAGCAGCAGCAGCAGCAGCAGCAGCAGCCGCCCCAGCAGCCCCAGCAGCCCCAGCAGCAGCAUCCGAAAGUGAAGUUCCAUCAAGAAUUGUGAAGCCGCAAAGCCAACAGACAGCUGCAAAUGUCAUAGACUGCAAACCUGCACCCGCUAGUUCUUCAGUAGAAGCAAGCACUCCAUCGUGGACAAUUCCAUCUCAUUCUAAUGCUGUGGGUGACACAAAAGCACAAUUGAAGGAAGCCAAACCUCCGCUUGAACUUAUCCAGCGACCGCCAGUACUGGCACAUGCUGGUGCUGCAAAGAGCCAUGCAAUCUUGCAAGGCCCUGUAAUCCACGGCAGGCCUGCACCACAAGCAGUUGUUACAACCAUGUCACCAUCAGAGCUGCAGAAGGUGUCUGCUGCUCACAUACGGCCAGAGGCAGCCGUGAGCAAGCCAUCUGAGAUGCCUGUUGGCCCUGCCGUGGCAGCCAUAAAGAUUCCAGAGCAGCACGCGCCCAGCAGCAUGCCAAUUAGCACAUCAGUGCCAACAGUAGCCAUGCCAGCCCACUUUGUCAGUGCCAAGGGACUGUCGCUGCCACCAGUGGGACAACCCCCCGUGUCUCUGGGGCAGCCCCCAGCUCCGUCUAUGGGACAACCGCCGGUGUCACUGGGACAACCACCGGUGUCACUGGGACAACCACCGGUGUCAAUAGGGCAGCCACCCGUGUCUGUGGGGCAGACCCCAGUACCCCUUUGUCAACCUCCAGCGUCUCUUGGACAGCAGUCUAUGUCGCUGGGUCAGCCUCCACUGGGCGUGUGGGUGGGAGCCCGUCCACCCAUUGGACCUCAGUACGCAUCGUCGUUCACCAGCCUGGCGGGACAGCAGCAUCUGGCUAGGGGUGUGCAUCCUUCAGUGGUACGGACACCAUCACUGCCACAGCAGGAGGCUGCCACCAAAAUGCCUGGUCCUGCACACACGAUGGUUGGAGGACCCAACUCGGCACAGGUGCACUGCAGCCAGCCAAAGAUGGAGGGUCCACCAACGCAGCUGCCAGCGGCACAGCAGCCCCACCAUCACCCACAGCAGCACAUUCAGCCACACCAGUCACAUCCUCAGCAGCACUCGCAGCUGCACGGACCAUCGCCCCACCAGCAGCUGCUGCAGCAGCAACAGCAGCAUCAGGUGCCCCAGCAGCAGGCUUCACAGCACAAGGUGUCUCAACACCACCACCAACCACUACAGCCACCACAGCAGCAGCACCAGCACCAGCAACAGCAACAAGGUCCAGGCUUGCACCCUCCACACCAUCCAGGCGAGAUCAAGGGGGUGCCAGUGUCGGUGGCCCAACACCUUCAGCCGCAACAGCCGCACGUGGUUGCCACGAGUCACAUCAAGGCCGAGGGCUUUGCCAUGCCAUCGCAGGCUGUGGGACGUGUGGGCCCAGCAGCUCGCACGCCUCCAGUCCCUGUGCCACGCCAGCUGACCCUGGUGGAGGGAGUCGUGCCAAGCAGAAGCCAGGGCCCACCACAACAGCAGGGCCCUGCCAUCAUGACCCAAGCACCCACAAAGAUCCACGAACCGAGGACACCAGUCGGAUCCAAGGGGACCAUGUCGGGAAUGCAGCAUGCGGCCAAACAGACGGGCGGCUUCCUGCAGCCACCGUUUGGGGGCUACGAGCCCUCAGGCAUGCCUGGAAGCUCGCAUGCUGCCACUGGAGGCUCGACUGGGGUGGCUCCACCAGCUGGAGGUGUGAUAGCCGAGCUUCUGCAGAAUCCACAUCUGAUGCAGCAGCACAAGAACUACCAGCUGGCUGUAGCUGCCUCGCAGUACAUGGGAAGUGGGCCACUGGGGCGACCGGGAGCGAGCUUGCAUGUCGGUGGCCCCAGCCCCACUGCCACACCGCCCCAAGAGCUGCUGCACUUGCGUCCGCCACCUGGUCAGCAACUGCUGGUGGCAGGCCACCUGGGCAUGCACACGCCAGAUCUGUCGGCCUACAUGCACCACCACCAGCAGAUGCUGUAUGCAGCCGCGCAGCAGCACCCUCACUAUGCCCUGCCACCCGAAGCUCAAGGGCUGAGAUUUGCAUACCCACCAGGUGGAUUCCGAGCGCCGCCUGAGCCUCGCGAGGGUGUAGCCAAGGAAAGCCGUCCACCACCACCCCUCAAAGGAAGUGACGCAGAGCCCACCAUAGCUGAGGGAGCACCAAAGGACGUCCCCAGCAAGGAGCUGCUGCGGCCACCGUUCCCACCAUUGCGACAGACGAGCCCCAGGGUGGCCUCCUCACCGCAGGAGCGAGUGACGGACUCCCCCGCGGUGGCCAGCCCCUACGGUCUGCGGGGGGCCGGUCAUCUCGGGCCCGCAGACAAGGGUCCUUCCUCGGACGAGCCCCCCAAGCCCCCCGCUGCCCACCAGGGCUUCCACGAACCAACGGGGGGUCUGGGGGGCUCGCCGCCCUUCCUUCACUCACCCGGAGGUGCGUUGGCCCUCAAGAAGGAGGCCGACGUGGCCAAGAAGGGGAUUCCAUUCGAGCGACGCCAGACGGGCCUCGAGGCGCCCUUGCACCACGGGCCACCGCCCGCACAUGCCUUGGCACCUCCACCUGCUGCGCCUCGAUCUCAGCCGCAGACACCCCCACAUGCCAGCCAAGUGCCUCCGCAGGGAGACUCCUUCCUGUUACAGCGCUACCCUGUCAUGUGGCAAGGUCUGCUAGCCCUAAAGAACGACCAAGCAGCCGUGCAAAUGCACUUCGUGUCGGGCAACUCGAGGAUUGCUGUUGCAUCACUUCCACCCAUGACCGACGGCUGCACACCACCAGUCCGCAUCGCGCAGCGCAUGCGGCUUGAGCAGACCCAGCUUGAAGGAGUAGCUCGAAAAAUGCAGAUGGUGGACGAGCACUGCAUCCUCCUGGCCCUACCUUGCGGACGAGACCACAUGGACGUGCUGCAGCAGUCCAACAAUCUACGCAAUGGAUUCAUCAAUUACCUGCAGCUAAAGCAGGCUGCUGGCAUUGUCAAUGCGGCUGCACCUGGCUCUCAGCAGCCAGCCUAUGUGAUCCACAUUUUUCCUUCCUGUGAGUUCUCCAACGAGAACCUCGCACGCAUCGCACCAGACCUGCUGCACAGCGUCAGCGACAUCGCCCACUUGUUGGUCAUCAUUGCCACAGUGUGAACCAGGGGAGGGUGGGAUGGAGACGACCCGUUCCUCCCCGCUAUCCACAACAAAAGAUCUCGUCGUCACUUGUCCUCGACAACAAAGACUGUGAAGUGUGAAGUCCGUUGUUCCGCACGCACGCGAAAGAGAAGAAAAAAAAAACCAAAACCCAAGAAACCAAUGGUGCUCUGCUAACAACUUCGUUAUCUUUUGGCCACUUGCAUAUACGGCGCAGAGAGUUUUAUUGGAGACUAGAGGGACGGCAGCCCGCGCCACCACCACCACGACCCAGCCCCCCCCCCCCCACCCCCGCCCGACCCGCCGCUGCCACCGUCUGUUUUUCCCUGGGAUUCUGUGUCGCCGUCUUGAGCACCGUGCACGCAGUUGGUUGCUGCCGUCCCUCGUCUUCGCCCCUGUUUUUUCGUUGUUGGAAGAGAGGAGUAACUAUGUCGCAUUGCAUUUGGGUCGGCCUUUUGGGUGGGGUCGGGCAAAUCGAAGAAUGUGUGGGGACACUUGCGCACCGGGGAGGGGGGGUUUGGGCGGUAGGGAAAGGUGUUUUCGUUUUGUCGAGAGUGCUCCUGUCAUUAUCUGUCUUGUACAUAACUGAUUGAUGUGCAUGUGUACAUAUAUUUAUGUAUGUAAACAUACAGUAUAUAUAUAUAUAUACAUAUUAUGUAUAUGAAGUAAUAAUCUCCAGUUAAGAGAGCAUCGCCAGUCUUUAACGUGGAAGGCCGGUUUGAACGUUGGAACAGGUGAAAGAAGAAAAAAAAAAGAAAGAAAGGGAAA